AUGGAGCAGAGGCCUCAGGAAAGCGUGGAGACGACUUCUCCUCCGACACACGAUUUCGAAGUGAAGGGCAAAUCAGACAAUACGACGUUAACGCCGUCUUCUUCUCUCGAUCGGUGUAGAACAGACGAGAAGAAGAUGGACCUCGGAGGGGUCGCACCGACGGCCAGUGGCGGCAAAGUCGGAGAGACGGAGGAGGGCGACUCCGAUUUGGACGAAUUCCUGAUGGAGAGCCCCACAGCCACUGGCAGUAGCCGCCGACACCACAUUACCUCCUCCCUCAGAUUUGGAUCCACCCACAGCGGCUACUCGGAUUCAGGAAUCUUUGAAACUAUCAGCUCCCAGGGCAGUACAGCUACGCACUCUUUAGCGCGGAGUAGCACAACUGCUUCCAGGAGGAAUCGACCUGUGAUCCGCGACAUGUACUCUGAGUACAGCCUGUCUUCCUACAGGACGUCUGCACGAGAGGUGCAGGCUAGGGAAGGCGGCUCAAUGACCUCUACAACCACAAUCAAUCGUCAUCGCGAAGUGGUUGGAACCUCAGUAGUUUCUACCCUCGAUGCGUCAAUUAAUACUGAUGAUUUACUCCUAUCUAAUUUGCCCCCAGCACAAUCCACCCCCCUAAGUACUAGCCGAACUACAGUGACCACAAUGCAACCCGUUGGAGGGAGUUAUGAGGGAACACGCACAAUCGAUUGCCAGACCCAAACCGACGACAUCAAGAAGGCAAAGAGUAAACGGAAAUACCCUGCGUGGCUUUUCUCGUUUAAGAAGCAUCCCGGUGCACACGAACCUGCACCGUUAUCAUCAUCAGCAUCAUUCAAUCAGCUCAACGAGCCAGCACACACGCCCGCUGCCAGCGACCAAUUGUGUGCUGCGCACACACAAGACUCAAGUGCUACUGUGCCAGCAGCCGCGGAUGUCAUUCUGGUUAAGCCUACUGCAAUAACCGCAACAGGUGCAGCCGCCGUUGUUCCGGAGGAGAAGCCAACAACGACGAACACCACGAUGGAGGAAAUUGACCGACUUGAGCAUUCCUCUGACAGCAGUACAGACUCCCUGGAGGCCAGCUGGUACCAGCCGCAUCGACCCAAGGCUAAAGUUCAAACCAAGAAAACUAAGCGGAAAAAGCACGAUAGCGAUCGAUUAUCAGUGGAUCAGAAAGGUGGUGAGUAG